AUGCUGCUUUCCCGGGUAUACUUUUCAGUUGUUGCUCUUUUUACAAUAUUUGCACUGGCACUUGCCUAUGAAGUAGAGAGGGCACACCUACCACAGCCUUCGCGCCCAAUUCGGCUCAUAGCUGUAGACAUCGAUGGAACAUUAACCAAAAACGAGAAAUUCGUGGAAAAGAACAUAGAAGGUUUUAAACUUGCGAAGAAGCUAGGCAUCGAAGUCGUCUUUGUUACUGGGCGGGACCCGGAAUCAGCUAAAGCUGUUGUGGGACGGAGCGUCAUGGAGGAGGUCGACUACCCCGGUUAUCCUGGAGUGUACGUCAACGGAGCUUACGUAGUUGACCGGGAUGGACUGGUGCUCGUGGAUGGUCCACUGAGCAAAGAUCUACAGGAGCGACUUCUUCAGAGUUUCGGCCGUCAUGGCUUAAAUAACGUUGUGUUCGGAGAGACACCAAAAGGAGGCAAGGGGCACUUAAGGGAGAAAAGCGAUUCUGACAGCGACCAGUAUACGCUGGCAGUUUUUGAAGAACCGAGUAAGAUUGACGAUGUUCUUCCACAUUUGGUGGGGGAAUUCAGAGAAGAGGUUGAGUUCACAAGGUGGGCGCCUCAUGCAGUAAGUGUGCACCGGAUGGAGUUCAGCAAGGGCAGCGGGCUCAUUGCACUUCUUCAGCAGAUGCAUAUUCCAUCAGAGGAAGUCUUGGCCUUGGGCAAUGGAGUUAACGAUUUGCCCCUUUUUGAAGUCGCGGCCACUUCCGUAUGCGUAGGAGACGGCGAGGUUGAAGCCGUGCAAGCGGCCGAUUACAUCACAGUUAAUAGCGACGAAGGUGCAUUGCUUGCAAUCGUACGGGAGAUUGAAAAGAAUGGAUAUUAUCCAGGCGCAUUUGAGCGGCUGCAAAGAUCAUAG